AUGAAAAAAUCCACGGAACAGAUCUUACAGCGACUUUAUUACGAUCCUAAGACAGGGUAUGGUGGAGUGCAAGCUUUGUAUCGUCAAGUGCGUAAAUUAGGUCACAAGAUUACACUUUCUAACAUUCGAGAAUGGGUCAAAGAACAAGAUACGUAUACCUUACACAAGCCCAUACGUCGCAAAUUUAAGAGACAACAGACCCGGGUGACCGAUAUAGACGAGCAAUGGCAGUUAGAUUUAGCCGACGUGUCGAACUUGAAAAAAUACAAUGAUGGGUAUACGUUUUUAUUGUGUGCCAUCGACGUGUUAUCUAAAUAUGCGUGGGUGGUGCCUUUAAAACAGAAAACGGGCAAAGAAAUGAUACGAGGUCUCCGAAAGAUUUUUCGAGACGGACGACACCCCGUCCGCAUUCAAUCGGAUCAAGGGAGAGAAUUUACAAAUAAAGAAUUUCUUGAAGCUUUCAAAACCAUUCAUUUCUUUACUACACGUAAUGCCAAAACCAAAACCAGUAUCGUGGAGCUCUUUCAACGCACACUGAAAGCACGUAUGUGUCGUUAUUUUACACGCCAUAAAACACGGCGGUAUGUGGAUGUCUUACCCGACCUGGUACACGGAUACAAUCACGCGUAUCAUCGUAGUAUCCAGAGAGCUCCUGCUCAAGUCAACCCCACAAAUGUAUUAAAGGUCUGGAAAACCUUGUACGGAAAACAGACAACAAACACCUUGUCAUUACAAGUGGGAGAUCGGGUACGCAUCAGUAAAGCCAAACGUACAUUUGAUAAGGGGUAUUUACCGAACUGGACCACCGAAUUGUUCACCAUUUCCAGAAAAGUUCCGGGGCGUAACAUAUACCGAAUUAAAGACGACCACGGAGAAGAAUUAGAAGGGACGUUUUACCCUCAAGAAUUACAAACAGUGAUUAAAAAAGACGAUGUGUACGAAGUGGAGGAGAUCUUAGGGUAUAAAAAGCGCCGUGUGGGGAAAAAAGUCAUUUCAGAAGUCCAAGUGAAGUGGAAAGGAUACCCCUCUAGUUUCAACUCAUGGAUUCCGCAAGCGGAUCUCAUUCUACCCUGA